CGACACUGGAAUUGCAAUGGCCGAUGACAAUGGAACCAACUCGCUGGAGUAUGGCACUCCAUGCUUUGAAAAGUACACGAAAGUACGAUGCAUUGGAGCGGGUACCUACGGGCGCGUGUACGAAGCCAAGGACCGCGUGAGCGGGGACGUUGUGGCGCUGAAGAAGAUCAAGACAUUGAACGAAUCCGAAGGUGUGCCUGUGACGACGCUGCGUGAAAUCGUAGCCCUCAAGUCGUUGCGACACCCGAAUCUCGUCGGGAUGAAGGGUAUCGUCGUGAGCAAGCAGAAAGACGAAGACGACGAGGACGAGGACGACCCGAAAGGAGGAGGUUCAACCAGCCAGGACACGCGCAGCGAUUACGCCAACGGCAGCAUCUUCCUCGUGCUCGAGUUCGUCGCGCACGAUUUGACCGGCCUCCUCCAGAGCAACCACUCGUUUUCGGAUCUAGCGAUCAAGUACAUCAUGCGGCAGUUGCUUGAAGGACUUCAGUACAUGCACGACCGCGACGUGUUGCACCGCGACAUCAAGACCUCCAACAUCCUCCUCACCCCCGCCUACGUCGUCAAGCUGGCCGAUUACGGCCUUGCGCGAACCCUUCGAUCCAACUCGAAGCUCACAAAUAAGGUGGUCACACUGUGGUACCGCGCGCCAGAACUGCUGCUGGGGUCCACCGACUACGAUGCCAGUGUGGACAUGUGGAGUGUGGGGUGUGUGUUUGCCGAGCUGUUUCUGGGGCGGCCGUUGUUUGCCGCCAAAACCGAAGCGGAGCAAAUGGUCAAGAUCACCGACGUGUGCGGCACAUUGUUUGACGAUGUGAACGGUAUCUCACAUUUGCCCCAUUACGACAAGUUUCUCGGCAAUGACAAGGCGCGCGCGAGCGACCUGCGCCGGAUGAUGUACCGUAAAGCGAUGGAACGCAAUGUGACAUUGCCCCAUGGGUUCAUCGAGUUGCUCGACAAGUUGCUCCAGAUCGACCCGAAACGCCGAUUCAACCCCGCGCAAGCGUUGAACUCGGACUACUUUAAAGUGCACCACCCACAACUCGUCCCUGGCGACGCACCGACCAUGUUGCCGCCCAUUACCGAGGCCAACUGCCACGAAAUGGCGGCGCGCAAGUUGAAGAAAGAAGGCAGCCAGGCCGUGAUCAACGGCGCGGACCUGAACAAGAAGAAGCUACAUGACAAGGCCAACGCGGUGCUGAGUGUGGUUGAGCACACAAAGAAGCGGCCGCCUUCGAAGCCUCUGGCGUCCAAGCUGCCGCCGUACGGACUUGUAAAAGAAGAGCCUGGAGGGGCGGCAGCGAAACCGAUUGCACCGCGACAGCCGCCGCGCACCCACGCGUCGGACGCGAACAGUAGUAGUACUACUAGUAGUGCACCGCGACCGUCGAAACGAAAACGAGAUGGGAGCAGUACUCGUAGUAGUAGUACUCGAGGGACCAAGUAAGUGUAAUCCACGACUAGUUGAGUAGGAUCUGUCGACAUGUGUGGCCGACAGUAGUUGCCCUCAUCUUCC